CAAAUUGCUUUCAUACUUUUUUAACUCAAAAUUGUUGAUUCAAAUCAGUUAUCAGUUCAUCUCCUUUGUGAUCACAUUUGCAUCAACAGUACCUUUUCUUACUACUCAUUAUUACCUCAAUUAUAAUAAUAUAUUUUAUCAGUUACAACUGUUAACCAUCUUCCUCUGAUAAUGGAAUUAACUUCAUCACAAUCCAACUCUAACCCAAAUAAUGUUUGCCGUAUUGAUGCUGUUUUCGAGAAUUGGGCUGCUAAAAAGCUGUCUGAAAUGAAAACGAUCAUACCAACAAUUAAAACUGUCUACCAAUGGAAUAUAUUGAAAAAUGGUAAACCAGCAUCAGUAUGGACCUGUGAUUUCAAGAAUGGAGACGGAGCAAUUCACCGAGGCCCACCUAAAACGGGAAAACCUGAUUGUGCAUUAACAAUUGAAGAUGACUCUGUCUGUCGUAUUUUUGAAGGCAAAGAAGAUGCUAUGAGGGCCUUCAUGAGUGGAAAACUGAAAAUAUCUGGAAAUAUUCUAGCUGCUCAAAAAUUGCAACAACUUUGGGCAGAAGAAUCAACAAAUGUUCAAUCCAAUGUCAGCUCAGAGAAAUCGGAAAAUCAAUCCGCUGGAAGUGAAUAUGAAACUGACCCUGAUGUUGAAAAAAUUCCAACCUCUGGUAACAAAUGUGACUUAAUUUUCAAUGUUUUCAUGAAUCGAGCCCAAGAGGAACCAGAAUACAUGCGAAAAUUACGAGUUAUUUUCCAAUUCAAUGUUCUUAAAAAUGGCAAACCUGCAUGCAUUUGGACUGCUGAUAAUAAAUCUUCUCCUGAUGUUGUCUGCUACCGAGAACCACCAAGAAAUGUGAAACCUGACUGUAUUGUUACCAUGGAAGAUGAUGACCUUUUGAAAGUAAUGGUUGGAAAAGUUAAUCCACAAAGGCUUUUCAUGAUGGGAAAAAUUAAGAUCAAGGGUAAUAUCAUGUUGAUGCAGCGUCUUAAUUCAUUAUGGCUCGAGUUCCAGAAACUUGGUAAAACUCCAGAACUUCCAUUAGCAGUUGACAUUCUUGUUGAUCAUCCACUCAAACCAGGUCUUAGGAGUGAAUAUCUUAUAAUUGAUUUAGUUCAACGAAUUGUACGGAUACCGGGUCUGCAUAAUCAAGCUUCUGGAUCACAUCAAUUUAACAUUACCAAAGAUGGAAAAGUUGUAUCACAAUGGGUUAUCGAUUUGAAGACUGAUGCGCCAAAGGUUAGAAGAGGAACUGAUCCAGAAGCAGUUACCGUAACCACUGUUGAUGAUUAUAACUUUGCUAAAUGGGUUAUGAUGAAAUUAACCUUAGCUGAUGGUCUUGCAACUGGAAAAAUUAAGGUCACUGGCGAUAAAACUAAACUUGAGAAACUUAAUAAAUUGUUCACAACUCCAACUUCACUUGGGCCCAAGCUAUAAAUUACCGCUGCAAUUUAUAUUAAUUUGUUUAGUUUGUUUAUUUAGUUAGUUAGUUUAAAGAUUUAAAAUAAUUUUUGUUUUUCUUUUUUACCGAACGCACUAUUUUUACAAUUUUAAAUAUAUUUUUCAAUACCAAUUGUAAUACUUAUGAAGCAUAUUUGCAUUGAUAUUGCAAUUAAAUUUCUUUUUACCUGAAAA